GCCCAUGCUGAAAAAAAAGAAGACUACUGGGACUCUGUACUCUGGAGUGAUGAGACCAAGAUAAAUGUUUUCGGAACUGAUGGCUUCAAAACUGUAUGGCGUCGGAAAGGUGAGGGAUACAAAUAAAAAUGCAUGGUGCCUAUAGUAAAUUGUGGUGGCAGUUCCCUUCUUUUGGGCUGCAUGAGUGCUGCUGGUGUCGGGGAACUUCAUAUUAUUGAUGGCAUCAUGAAUUCGCAGAUGUAUUGCUCUAUAUCGAAAGAGAAGUUUUCCAAUUUGACAAUCAUCCAAAACACACAUCUAAGGCCACUGUUCUGUUUCUGA